AUAGUAAGCUACCAUCUUUGACUUUUACUGAACUAUGCUGUGACCCUCUCUACGCACGCCUCCGGGCCCCUAUGUACUUACAUACCUGACAUUUCCGGAUAUACCUGGAGGGGUAGAAGAAGAAGACAGAGCCGAUGAUAGCCAUCUGGUCUGGCUUCGGCGUCUUCCACCUCUUUCUGUUUUCUUUCUCUGUUUUCUUUUUUUUUCUUUUUUUUUUCUCCCCUUCACCCACCACUCACCCCCUCUCCCCACUGCUGAUCCCCCAAAGUCAGAUAGAUGGACAGCAGUGCGGAGAAUCCCGGAGCAUGCCAGGACUCCGAACAGUCCCCUGUCUGGCAUGUCGGCUGUCGUGGACUUUUCCCUGUUGGCAUCCAAUCUGCGGCACGUCUGAGGCUGGUGGUCCAUGGCCGGAGGUCUUUCUUCCAGGGGGGGUGGGGGGAAGGAAAGGCUGGAGAGACUGGAGUCAUUGGUGCGAUAUCUCCAUCCUGGCUGUUAAUGGUCGAACUAUGCAUGUGUGAUAGAGCAUGCUGUUCAUUGUGCUUGAUGGUGGCAUACUAUCUACGUCCCUAGUAUGUAUGGCAACGGCACUAAGAGCAAUCCAGACUACUACGGCCAGCCCAGCUCUGAUGCAAUAGAAGAAGACGUAAAGGAUUAGAUUUGCAAGGCAACUGAUGCCGCUAGACUAGACCAUCCUCUGCAGUCGCUACCAUCGUCCCUCCCGCACAGCAGGCACGUAACAACA